AUGACUUCACUUUUCGACGACACCAACUGGAGGAACAAAAACGCAGAUGUCUUGCAAAUGCUGGCUAGUGCCACCAGACCAGCAGAACCAAGCUUGGAACCGCACGAGCUCCCACCCACAGACGAAGCGCGGCGGAAAUUCGAUCGAUAUUUGGAGGGUCAGCACAGACAGAAUCCCUUUAUCCUUCGACAGGAUGUCGAGGACCUCUUUACGCGCGUGUUUCCUCAGGACACGGUAUCGCAAAAUAUCUUAUCGCAGAAUAUCUCGGCGCAUGACCUAUUCCGCACAUUCAUGAUCCUGGCCAUAGGGUCCUUGAUACCGUUUCGAAGGGGCCUCUCCCAAAGCCACCCCCUUGGCUUCUAUCUGGCUGCAAUGCGUCAUUUUGAAUCCUCUUUCCUAGCCCGCGGCCUAUCCGCCAUACAAGACCUUUUACUUAUAUGGCGUUUUGGCAUUUAUCAUCAUAUAGGCACAUCGGUGUGGGACAUUGUACAGUUAUGUAUGAGGAUGUGCAUUGAGCAAGGACUCCACGGACCGCCGAGGACGCACUUGUAUCUGCUGGACGAACAGCUGCAGCGCAGAGUGUUUUGGGUGUGCUAUGUGAUGGACCGCUACAGCUCAACCACCUUGGAUCGUCCCUUUGCCAUAGCCGAUGAGGAUAUCACUGUUCGAUUCCCAGUAGACGCCGAUGAUAAAGACAUUACGUCCUCGUUUGGGUUUGUGCCGAGUCUGGACGACAUCUGCCCUCGCCACCUUUUGUCGCCGCCAAGCGAAACAACAGUCCUCAUCUUGUGCACCAAAUUGAGAAGAAUAUCAUCGAGAAUCCACCUUGAAUUCUCCCAUAUAGCGCGCUCCCCCUCGUCUGAUCUCAACGGAGAUAAAUACCUCGCAUCAGGACAGGUCUGUACCUCGGUCGAGAGCUUUCUUGACGAGCUAGAUCAAUGGCGGCAGUCCGCGCCCAUCUUUAGCCAACCUCGAUGUUUGUUCGAGCGGCAGGAAUGGUACGAUCUUCUCCAAGCGCGUGAAGCGCUUCAACUUGUACGCAGGGCAGUCGACCUCGCGCCCAAGAGCGGCGAGCUUCCAGUCCGUUAUAUCCUGUCUCUAUGCCUGGACCAUGCCAUUCGGGUCAUAUCCAUGUAUACCAACAUGUACAACGAAGGCCUCGCCACAUAUACUAGGAGUUAUUUCCAGAUGAUGUUUGCAGCUGGGCUCUCGGUUCUGUUCUGCGUCUCAGUCUCGGCUCAUAUUGAUCUCAUCGAUGUGUCUGAAGCAUACGACAGCUUGCUUCGCUGUGAGGAAAAUCUCAAAGCCAUGGCAAAGGUAAUGCCAGAUUCAUCUCCAUAUGUGGCCGUGUACGAAGCCCUACAUCGGUACAUACUAGAAAAAUUGGACUCUGGGGAAAGCCUUGGCCGCCCCCUGGGAGCCAUGCAUCAACACAUGUCUGGGCUUUCUGGCGUACCGCCUCACGCAGCGGGACCCUGGCAAAUGGCACUGCCUGCAAUGACCAUAGAGAAUGCGGAUGGAGUAGAAAGCUUGAUUGGCAAUCAGGAAACACUCGGAGCCGGUAUUGAAGCUCAGGGAACGUCUCUUGAGUCCAACAAUCUCAUGGGAAUGGAUGUGUCGCAAUGGUCUUUCCUCACCGACGACACGUGGUGGAGGAUUGGAAACUAUGCCUAUGGAGACCCAAGCGAAAUCCAAGGCAUGUUUACUGGAAUCGAUUUACAGCUUUAG